CACCACGGUUGGGACACAGGGGACGUUGGGGACAUUGGGGCCACGCAGCGCUGGGUGACGCCCCCCGCAGGCUCUGAAGGUGACGAUGACGAAGGCUCCUGAGAGCUUCCGCCUCCAGGGGUGGCUUCAGGAGCGCCUGGUGGCCGCGGUGGCAGCCGGUGGCCGCGUUGUCCUCUACGAGGGUCCCCUGCGUCCCCUGUGUCCCCUGGCUCCCAACAACGUCAACACGAUGGCGGCCGCGGCGGUGGCAGCUCCCAGCCUCGGCUUCGAUGGCGUCCAGGCCUGUUUGGUGGCCGACCCCAGCGUCCCCGAUUGUCACGUGGUGGAGGUGGAGGUGACCGGCAGGGGGGACAAAGGCAGAGCUCUGCGUGUCACCAGCAAACGAAGGAACCCCGCGGCCACCGGCGCCGUCACCGGCGAAGCCACCAAGGCCGCCUUCUGGAGCAGCGUCCUGGGUCAGCUUUUGUCCCCUCCUGUCACCUCCUGUCAUCGUGUCACCUCCUAUUCCCCCCUGUUGUCGUGCCAUCUCCUGUCACUGGCACCUCCUGUCCCCUCCUGUCACCAUGUCACCUCCUGUCCCCUCCUGUCAUUGCAUCCCCUCCUGUCACCCCCUACCCCCUUCUGUGUCCCUUCCUGCCACCUCCUGUGUCCCCUCCUGUCCCCGUGUCCCCUCCUGUCACCUCCUGUCAUCGUGUCACCUCCUAUUCCCCCCUGUUGUCGUGCCAUCUCCUGUCACUGGCACCUCCUGUCCCCUCCUGUCCCCAUGUCACCUCCUGUCACUGCGUCCCCUCCUGUCACCCCCUGCCCCCUUCUGUGUCCCUUCCUGCCCACCUCCUCUGUGUCCCCUCUUGUCAUUGUGCCCCCUCCUGUCCCCAUGUCACCUCCUGUCCCCUCCUGUCCCCAUGUCACCCCCUGUCACCUCCUGUCCCCUCUUGUCAUUGUGUCACCUCCUGUCACUGGCACCUCCUGUCCCCUCCUGUCCCCACGUCCCCUCCUGUCACCCCCUGCCCCCUUCU